AUGGGUUUUCGGUUGGGAUCACGUAGACACAAGGAAAAGCAUGCUGACAAUGAUAAAGAGAGGAAUAAGAGCAAAGGUGAGGAUAAAGUUACACACCGUCCUCCCGCUGCUCCCGGAAGUGCAAUGAAGCCGACCGAAAAUCGGGCUUCUACGGCUUCCUCCUCUUCACAGUUCCAAUCACAAUCGGCCGCCACACGCGGUGUUCUGUUUAGAGACAAUCGUCUUCCGGACGGAACUACCAUGCCUCGAAUACGAACUACAGCUCAAGUCAGCCCUCCCAGGGAAAGAGACGGCCGUGUAUCUCCUACGGGCUCAAUCUACUCAUCAGCCUCCAUUCAACAUGCCUUUCCCAGCUUUGCCUCCUAUCCACCCUCAUACGUACCACAGUCAAAUCCAAAACCGAGUGAAGCCUCUGUGAGACGGAGCUCCGUCUUUGGUGAUCCCGUCUAUCAGUCAACCGUACAAGCUGGCGCUAUUUAUGACGAACCACUCCCUGAACCAGACUACCCUUUGUCCAAUGAUGGGACAGGAAAUUCGAAUCGUGACAGUGGACUUGAUACAGAAUCGCGUUCGUCCUCGGGCGGUCAGUGUACUGGAAGGCCCAUCUCUGGCGCAAAUGGGGGCAUGUACGACAGAGUUCCACGAUCCAGGGAACCAUUGAUUCAAAAGGAUUACAAAGGAACACGAGGUGUUCGUUCUCGACCAUUCAGUCAAGAGAGGACCAACAGCACAUACGCGUAUAAUCAGAAACCGCAAAUUCUUCGGCCACGAGGCUACAGGAGUAACCCUGACCCUCCAUCUCCAAGCCGGCGUCGGUUAGCCUCAACAACUGCACUACCUAACACCAAUCCCGAGUUUCGUAGGGCAUCAAGUACAACCACUAUGAACCACAGUAGAACCCCACCUUCUCACCGAUGGGUUUGCCAGCAAGAAGAUUAUCGUAAAGACAGCUAUUGUCGGAAGUCAGCUGAACGGCACUAUCACUGCUCCUCUUGUUCCUGCUCUGAAGAUGACUUGCGUACAGCUCGCUCCACAAGCACACUGAGGCGCAUCCAAUUAGAAGAUGGAUCUGCAGCGGACCGUAGGGAUGCUGCACCUGCAUCCACCCGAGGAGGGAGGAGGUUUAGAAGGGAAGGGGAAUCGUCCAAUUUUUCGAGACUGCCAAGAAAUCAGCCGAUUCGGGGACGGUUUUUUGAGGAGGAUGCGGAGGAGAUGGUGGAAGAAUCAGAUAGGUACGGGCGCUUGCCACCACUAAAGAAGCCCGUGAAUGCAAAAUUCAUCCCCUAUGAGGAUUAUUACGAUGACUACUUUGACGAGGACGAGACUUCAGAUUUUCGGAACGACUCGCCUUUCUCUUCUACUGCGUCACAGGCCUACGGUAGGCCCGUGACACAAGGGGAAUUUUACGCGAGAAACAGCGCCCCUUCAAUAGCGUCACGGGACACAAGUGUAAUCAGGUUAUAG